AUGAAAGUCAAGAAGGCGCGCACGAAGGGAGGCCCCGCCCGCGCGGGCAAGGGGGGGAAGAAGCUUGCCAGGGGGGAGAAGAAGCUUUCCAAGGGGGGGAAGAAGCUCUCCAAGGGGGGGAAGCAGCUCUCCAAGGGGAGCAGCGCCCAGUCUCGAGUCCCACAAAGGAAGGCCCAAGUGACCCUCUCGGGGCCAAAAAAAGCAGCUUCCAUGGUGAAGAAGCCCGUUCGAAGCGCAGGCAGUAAGAGGUACAGUUGGCUGUUCGAAAAGGAGGGGGAGAAGACCCAACCCGCUGCCACGAAGGGGAGAAAAAUCGCACGCUCCGGUGGAGACGGCCCCGAUAGCGAUGAGGAGGAUGCGGAAAGUGCAGCAAGAAGUGCAGGCAGCAGUGCAGUCAGAAACGCACGCGAGGGAGAGGCCAAGGGGAAGAAAAAAUUCGUCCUGUACAAGAACAAAAAGGGGAAGAAAAGCAAAGGAAAAGGCAGAGGAAUGCUGGCCUGCUUCCACCACCUGGGCCUGAGCGAAAACAUGUGCAGAAGCAUAUCGAGCAACUUGAAGUACAACCGGCCCACGGACAUCCAAAAGCUGUGCAUCCCCAAGAUAGUGAGCGGGAGGGACGUCAUCUGCAUAAGCAAAACGGGCACGGGGAAAUCGCUGGUGUAUGUAAGCACCCUGGUAGAUUUGCUAGCCGAGCACAGCCAAUUUUUCGGAGUCAGAGGCCUAGUGCUGGUGCCCACGAAGGAGCUAGCCAUUCAGAUAUUCAAAUUGUCAAAAAAAAUUUGCAAAAAUUUUUUUAAUUUAAAAAUAAAUGUAAUAAUCGGUGGAAUUAAUUUGAACAAGCAGUUUGAUAUGCUGAAGGAAAAUCUAGACAUCCUCAUAUGUACCCCUGGAAGACUCAGCUUCAUAUUAAAGGAAACCAAUUUAAGUUUGGAGAAGGUGCAAAUGCUAAUCAUUGAUGAAGCGGAUCGACUGUUGGAAUUAAAUUAUUUUAAUGACAUGAAUAACAUUUAUAAAAGUUUGCAUCGCACAGACAAGCAGACGUUACUAAUCAGCGCAACUCUUCCAACGGAUGUUCAAAAUUAUUUCAAACUGAAAUUAAAUAAUCCGGAAGUGUUGUCCCUUAGCUCAGAUAACUCGAUAAGCGAAAAAAUGAAAUUACAUUUUUUAUUUACCAGAUCGUAUGAGAAGUAUGGAGUUUUAAUUAAACUUAUUUUUCUUUUUAAAAAAAAAAAUUUGGGAAAAACUCUGAUUUUUUUUUGCACAAAAUAUCAUAUUUUAUUUUUUUCCAAAAUAUUAUCUUCUUUAAAAAUUGCGCAUGCCAUCUUGUAUGGAAAUUCAGACACCUCCUUUCGCUUCGAUCAAAUUAAAAAGUUUACUAACACUCAGGAGAUACAGUUUUUGCUCGUGACUGAUGUUGCUGCCCGGGGGAUAAACAUCACCAGUGUCCAGAACGUUAUAAACUACAGCUUGCCCUUUUCCCCCAAACUUUUUAUUCACCGCGUCGGUCGCGCCUGCAGGGAUGACGCCAUGCCCGCGGGCUACGCGGUGUCCCUCGUCACCUUCCAGGACGUCCUCUACGCCUACGAGAUAUGCUUCUUCAUCGGCAAGCGGCUCAAGUUUUUCAGGCGCCGCGGAGAGGCCACAGAGGGGAGCCAGCCCGCGGAGACCACCAAACGGAAGGAACUCACAGACGCAGCCGACGCCGCCAACGCCGCCAACACCGCCAACGCCGCCAACACCGCCAACGCCGCCAACACCGCCAACGCCGCUAACAUCGCCGACGUCGUCUACCUCGGCGCGCUGAACCACGUCAGCGACUACGUCGAACUGGUAGACAAUCAGAAGAGCGCAGACGAGGAGCUGCUCUCCCUCAACAAGAGCAUCCAGGCCUCCUACAAGCUGUAUUACGCCAUGAGGCCCAAAGUGUCCAAAUACGCCAGCACAAAGUGCGUCAACAGAAUUAACAAAAUCGGAGGGGUCUACAGGCUCUGCUUGUUCUAUCACCCGGAUGAGAUAUAUGAGGAUGGUCCCUCCUAUGGGGCAGGAGAGGAGGUUCCCCCGAGUGGGCAGCAGCCCGCGCAAGUGGAGGGCACUCCAGUCGAUGGGGAAGCAGACGGGAAAGAAGUCCCCAAUGCGGAUGAACCACACGUGAAAGAAGUCGCCAAAGCGGGUGAACCGGACGGUAAAGAAGCCAUCAAGGCGGAUGAACCACACGUGAAAGAAGUCGCCAAAGCGGAUGUACCAUACGGGAAAGAAGCCUCCAACGCGGGGGACCCCCCUGGAGGAGCCCUCGCCGAGCCGAAGACCUACACCCACAACGAAGUCAUGACGAUCAUCCACAACUUCCAAAGCAACGACAGCGGGAAGGUGAAAGGAAUAUCAGAAGACAUCAAAGAUAAGCUGAACAAGCUGAAGGUGAAGAUGCACACGAGUAGGCGCAGCCGAAGUGGAGAGGCCACGGACGACAUGGAAGAACUCAUGGGCGCCCUUGCCAUGGGCCUCUCCGACCACGAGCAUGAUAGCGACUACGAAUUGGAGCGGCUGUGGGGGGACCGUCAAAAUGGUAGCGCCGCCCAGUCGGAAGAAAGCAGCAAGCCGAAGAAAAUGAGCAAAAGGGCCUUAAAAAAGAAGAAGAAGGAGGAGCAGCAACAGCAGCGACAGCAGCAACAGCAGCAGGAGGAGGAAGCCCCCCCAAACGGAGGCACCAAACGAACCUCUAUCAACCUCCCCUUUGAUGAUAUAUUAAAAAAAAUUAACGAAAAAAAAAUAAAACAAGAAACAGCCGCAGCCUUUGCCAUCAAAACCCCAGGAUUCGAUUUACCCCCAGAUGAGGAAGAAGAAUUAAACAAACAGAGAUUUAUAAAAAAAAAAGUUUGGGACAUGAGGAAGAGGAAGUUUGUCUUGCAAGAAAUAGACACCUUCCAAAGUGAUGGCUUCAAAAAGGACAGGCGGAAGGAUGUCGGGGCAUCAGCAAAGGGUAGCCACGGAGAAGGUGCCGCAGCCGAACCCACCAGCAACCUUUACCACAAAUGGGUGAAGCGCACAAAGAAUCGAAUCAAAAAUGUAGGAGAGUUGGAAGAUGAAAGAAAUCAAAAAGGAAGAAACGGUUUUGUGAAGACCAAACGGGAGAACCGCCUCUCCCGAGAUGAUGCCACAAGUAACCACCUGGGCGAAGAAAAAGAGAUGCACUUGCAAAUGCUGAAGCAGAACCAUCCGGAAAUUACCAAUGCGUUGUCCAAGGGAGGUAAACUGACUAAGAAGCAACAGAGGCUAUACAAGAAGUACCUCUCGGGUAGGUACAUGGAGCCAGAAGCCAACUCUGCUUUGCAUAAAAGUUUGCCACAAAUGCAGAAGGAGAAGGCCAAGAUGCUACAGAAGAAACUAAGAACAGAUAAAAACUUUAGGGUGAAAUAUGCUCGCAUGAAGAAGAAGCGGCACGAGCAGAAGCUGCGGGAAAAGGAGAACCUGAAGAGCGCCCGCGCGCGCUCUCUCGCCAUUGUUAAGAGGAAGAAAAUUGGCAAGCGGGGGGGCUCGGCGCGCAAGUGA